GGCUUUGAUUCAGUGACAGAUGCAUGAUGAAUGAUGAAUGAUGCAUGCUGCAUGGAACGAUUUUGAAAUUUUAGUUUUGGACAUCACUACCAAAGAUUUAUCUGCUUCUUGUCCUACCAUGAAAAGCCUCUGCCUUGGGCCGUUCCUUGCUGUUAGUGACCCAGUUAGUUCAAGAGCCUUUGGAGGCCAUAUAACCAGAAAGUGCUUCCCCAAGCAAGUUCAUUUCCACUCCCGUUCUUUUGUUUUCUCUUCAAUCUUAUGUUCUGCAACUCUAUCAGUAUUGCCAGAAUUAGAAGAGAAGCAGAUAUUUGAUGGAGAGAAGGCUAAUUUGCUUGUUAGAGAUCUCAGAAAGUGCUUUGAUUCAGGCAGGACAAAGAGUUAUGAAUGGAGGGUUUCCCAGUUGGAGGCCAUUAUUAAGAUGUUAAAAGAGAAAGAAAAGGAAAUUACUGAAGCUCUAUAUAAGGAUCUUGCUAAACCUCAACUUGAAGCAUUUAUAUCUGAGGUUUCCCAGGCAAAAUCCUCAUGCAGUGAAGCACUUAAGGAGCUGAAACAAUGGAUGAAGCCUGAGAGGGUGAGUACUUCAAUCACGACAUUUCCAUCAUCAGCAGAGAUUGUGCCAGAACCGCUGGGGGUUGUGUUGGUUAUCUCAACAUGGAACUUUCCUUUCUUGUUAUCAAUGGAUCCGGUUAUUGGAGCCAUUUCUGCGGGUAAUGCAGUGGUCCUUAAACCAUCAGAAAUUGCUCCAGCAACAUCAUCACUUCUUGCAAAUUUGGUCGAACAAUAUUUAGACAACUCUGCCAUCAGAGUUGUUGAAGGAGCUGUUCCUGAAACAACUGCACUCCUGGAGCAGAAAUGGGAUAAGAUACUUUAUACAGGUAGUGCUAGAGUGGGUCGGAUUGUCCUGGCUGCGGCUGCAAAGCAUCUUACACCAGUGAUUCUAGAACUUGGAGGAAAGUGCCCUGCUGUUGUUGAAUCAGAUGUCAACUUACAAGUUACUGCUAGGAGGAUAAUAGCUGGCAAGUGGGCAUGCAACAGUGGGCAAGCAUGCAUUGCUGUUGAUUAUGUCAUCACAAGAAAAGAGUUUGCUCCAAAGCUGAUAAGUGCCUUAAAAGAAGAAUUGGAACAAUUUUUUGGUAAAGAUCCAUUGGAAUCAAAAGACAUGUCACGGAUUGUGUCUUCUAACCAGUUUGCGCGGCUUGUGAAACUCUUGGAUGAGGAUAAGGUAUCUGACAAAAUUGUUUUAGGAGGUCAGAGGGAUGAGAAGAAAUUAAAAAUUUCCCCAACUAUCAUAUUAGGUGUUCCUGAAGAUGCUUUGGUAAUGCAGGAGGAGAUAUUUGGGCCAAUAUUGCCAAUCAUCACAGUAGACAACAUAGAAGAUUGCUACAGUAUAAUCAAAUCAAGGCCAAAACCUCUUGCUGCAUAUCUCUUCACAAACAAUGAGCAGCUGAAGAAGGAUUAUGUGGAUAAGAUAUCGUCAGGAGGGAUACUCAUCAAUGACGCUGUCAUCCAUGUUGCAACUCGUGGUUUGCCUUUUGGAGGAGUUGAAGAGAGUGGAAUGGGUUGUUACCAUGGAAAAUUCUCUUUUGAUAGUUUCAGUCAUAGGAAGUCAGUUCUCUAUAGAAGUUUUGAUGCAGAUUCAUCCAUAAGGUACCCCCCAUACACACCUGAGAAGGAAAAAUUAUUGAAGGCCGUUAUCAGUGGCAAUAUUGUUCAAAUAAUUCUUGCUCUUUUUGGAUGGUCUUAAGGAGAAGGAAUGAUAGGGUUCCUUUUAAAAUGUUCAUGAAUUAGGAAGUCCUAAAAUAAUGUGUUUGGGAGCAGUAACUUGUGGCUUCCAAUUUGGUAAAAGUGGCAAAAUUAAAUUACAAUUUUUCCCCACAAGUUUUCAAUCUCAUGAAUUUGUUCUUU